UAAAGAAGAGGAGCGUUUUCCAAGCUGCGUCACUAAGUUUCUCACUUCGUUUGUAAAAGUUCUGUUAGAGUCCGGUUCCGUCCGUUUGGUCCAGUCUGCUCGGUCCAGAGUCUGUUUUACUUGUUUCGGCUCAGUGUCUGCAGUGCCCCGGAGUCUGCUUCAGGAUGUCGGUGACUGUGAAGGUUUACCUGCUGGGGAAAGAUGAGGCGGUGAAAGAGGUCCGGAGGUUCGCGGUGGAUCAGGACGUGUCCAGCAGCUUCGAGUACCUGAACCGCAAAACUGCAGGAGUGUUUAACAAUGUGAAGGACUUUAACAUGUUCUACAGAGAUGAAGAUGGAGACCUGGUGGCCUUCUCCUCUGAUGAUGAACUAAUGAUGGGUUUGGCCUGCAUGAAAGACACCACCUUCCGCGUCUACAUCAAAGAGAAGAAGGAGCACCGCCGUGACUUCCCUCUUCACGCCUUCCCUCCCUUCACCUUUGGACAUCCUCCUCCUCCACCCGGAGCUCCUCUGGGCCCGCCCCCUCAUAUGGCCCCGCCCCCCGCCCUGCACCCUAAUGUCACCUGUGACGGCUGUGAGGGUCCCGUGGUGGGAACUCGCUUCAAGUGUUCGGUUUGCCCGAACUACGACCUGUGCUCCGCCUGCCAGGCUCGAGGGACACACACUGAGCAUGCUCUGCUGCCUAUCUGGCACCCGCUGCAGUGGUUUCCUCGGGGGAAGUGGAUGAAGAGGAUGAGACACUGCAUGUGGAACCAGAACCAGAACCAGAACCUGAGUCAGGACCAGGACCAAGACCAGGACCAGCCCGGAUCCUCCAAACCUGCUGCUGACAGCAGCACCCCCUCUUCCUCACAGGCCAACGUGGACUUCCUGAAGAAUAUUGGAGAGGGCGUGGCCGCCAUGUUGAGCCCACUGGGUAUCGACGUGGACAUUGAUGUGGAGCAUGAGGGCCAGAGGACCAAGGUGACUCCGCCCCCUCAGGGAGCGGCGUCAAAGGUAGACAUGGAUGUGGGUGGGGCCAGUGAUGGGGGCGGAGUCAGUGGUGGAAGUGGAGCAAAUGAUGUGGGUGGAGCCAGCAGUGAUGGUGGAACCAGCAGCGAGGGGUUAAAGGUGAGCAGAGACUCUGACGAGGAAUGGACUCACCUGAGCCCGAGAGAGGUCGACCCCUCCACUGGAGAGCUGCAGUCCCUUCAGCCUAGGGACCAGGACCAGAACCAGGAUCCCCCGUCAGGACAGCAGGGUCCACCAUCAGGACCAACAGGUCUGAGGGAGGCAGCUCUGUACCCUCACCUGCCUCAAGAGGCCGACCCCCGCCUGGUGGAGUCCCUGUCUCUGAUGCUGUCGAUGGGCUUCACAGAUGAAGGCGGCUGGCUGACUCGUCUCCUUCAGGCCAAAAACUUCGACAUCAGCGCCGCACUCGACGCCAUCCAGUACGCCAAACAGCUCCGCCCACACCAGCCCUGAUGUCAUCGUCAUGUCACCGCUAAUCUCAUCAUCUUACUUAACCAAUGACAUAAAACAUGUUAUACCUGUCAGAUUGUUAAAAGUAAUCUGAUUACUGUUAAUUAAUACUCUGAUAGUCUUCUUCAGUUAUUGUUUGUUGAUCAAUAAAAACUUUAACGAGU